UACACUUUUACUGUCAUGUGACCAUUUAUUUUGGAACCACCCAUCAUUUCUGCCAGACUUUGAUAUGGAGAAACACACAGGAGGAGUGGAAGGCACCCAUUCACUUUAAAACUAUUUUUGGCUUGUCAAAGUUAUAACAGAUGUAAUGGUUGUUACAUCAAAGUAAAUUUAUCCAGGUAUUAAAAUAUUUAUGAUACAUUUAGGUGAUUUAGCAAUAAAACAUUUAAUUGUUAUUUUUAAUUAAAAUGCACAGCAACAAUAAAACAGUAAGAUUCAAUGACAAACUAGCUUACAAAAUGUUUAUUAACAAAAAUGAUAAGAUGAGGCAUGGCAUAUGCCUACACUACAUGCUGUAUUAGACUACAUAGCCUAAUGACUAAUAAAUUACAGAACGUUUAGCAAGCAAACACUCAGGAAUCAAAAAUAAAAAAUAAAAUAAAAGAGAGCCUCCAUAGCAUAACAUGAUGUAAACAGCAAAGAUAAGCUUUUCAAAAUGAAAUCAAAACAUUUUCAUAACUAAUUUUAUUGCACAUUUUUUUCUUAGUAACUAUAACUGAUUAUAGUUAAAUUUAUUUUGUAAUUAAAUUACAUAACACCAUUACAUGUAACUAGAUACUCCCCAACACUGGCCAUAGUCAAAUCCACGAACUCAUUCUCACAGUAGUUAAACAUAGCUAAGUGAGGAAGAACAUUUCUGUAUCUCCAGAUGAAGGUGCGAUUAUGAGAUACCUGUCACUAUACUGUGCCGGAAGGAACACAGAGUCGAGAAUAAUCAAGAGGCUCUUUAUUAAUCCAACACAGGCGUAAAUCCAAUAUGGACCACAGGAGGAAGACACACAAACUGACUUGUUUGUAGACCCGACAAAACUGAACUGAAAGGACAAGGCUUAUAAAGACAUGAUAACGAGGAGCAGACAGGACUGAAAACCACUCAGUAUCAUUUUACUUCAUACGCUCUAGUUGAACAAACCCAGUGCUCAUACCCUGUGAAACUGGUUGAGAGUGAUUGUUUUUAACGGACUUACUAAUCCACCAUGGCAUGUAAACAGAACUACUACACUAUCAUGAAUGGGCUGCAGGAGCUUGAUUUCCAAGCGAACGCAGUGCCCAGUGAUCUUGUACUAAUUGGUGAAAGUGCCUUUCCACUUGCCAUAAAUCCAAGAGGUCAGGUGCUGAUGGCUGCAUCUCACUAUGGUCAGGGACGUGUGGUGGUGUUGGGACAUGAGGAAUACCUAAGACGCUUCCCUGUCCUGAUAAAGAAUGCCAUAAUGUGGCUCAUGCCUUGUACUGGUGAUGCUGGCAUUGUAGGGAUUCAGAAGAGUUUACGUUCAGUAGCUGAAAAAUUGAACUAUUGCCCUAUCAAGACAGAGCUAGGAGACUUUCGGAAUGGAUUAGCUGUAUAUAUCACAGAUGCUUACAGUGUCGGGAGCUGUGCAAAGGAUCUGAUUGCUUUCAUCAAAGCUGGGGGUGGCUUGAUCAUUGCUGGCCAGGCCUGGCAUUGGGCUGCAACCCACCCGCAAGAAAACACUAUAAAGAACUUCCCAGGAAACAAGGUGUGCAGUGUUGCAGGAAUUUACUUCUCGGAACACUAUGGAGAUGUUGGCAUCUUUCCUGUUCCAAGAAACAUUCCUUCUAAUUGGAUUGCUGUAUCUAUGUGCAAGGACUUUAAAGAUGACCUAAAGUUCCUGCUAGAAGGUGUGUCUGAGUUCGACGUCCAAGGUGGGGAUAUAGCAUCUGAGGUGAUGGUGCACGGACCAUUAGCAUUUCCCAUUGCAGUCACUCCAGCUGGAAAAACAUUCAUUGCUGGUGCCUAUUAUGGGCAAGGUAGAGUAAUUCUGUUGUCACAUGAAGGCUACAUGGGCCGGGACUCUCUGUCCACUUUCCUGAUCAACGCUAUCAAGUGGCUUGAUGAGGGUCGCAAGGGUGUUAUUGGCAUCCUACCCAGCCUACAGGCAGCCCACACAGUACUGAGCAAAUCUGGUUUAGAUUGUCAGUUGACUGGUUUCAGAAAAGAUCUAAGCGUCUACGUUUGCACUUCAUACAGUGAUGCCCAGUGUGCAGAGAUCCAAGAUUUUGUUGCUGAAGGCGGAGGUCUUAUGAUUGGGGGUCAUGCAUGGUAUUGGGCUCAGACCAACUGUGGCUGCAAUGUGAUGACCGAUUAUGCAGGAAAUCGCAUUCUUAAUAAGAUGGGACUUUGUCUCUUGGACAGCACUUUGGCUGGGGGGUUAUAUAAAGCCCCAAAAAUAGAGAAUAGGUAUAAAGAGGUGUACCACUUUCGUAGCAUGCUACAACGCUUUGCUGAACAUGUAAGCCUGGGGCAUGAACUGACGAAUCAUGAACAGAGCUUCUUGAAACAGCUGGGCAAUGACUGUGCCAGUUACCUUAGCAUGCGAUCAUAUGACAGUGCCGCCUAUACUUCAAUGGUAGCACUUCUUAGUGACAUAGUGAAGAAGGUAGGUGUUCCACAAGUGUGUAGUAAAUGCCCUGUUCAGAGUGAAAAAGACCGCCUAAUGCUCCACAUUGGGAUUGAGGUAUACAAAGUGACUCCCGAUCCUGAUGCCCUUAUUCCAUACAUCAUUAAGGACAGACCUAACUUGCCGACUGUGUCUAAUGCAAGAGUUCGGAUCAGUGCCAACACUGCAGCUUAUGAAGAAUGGAUAAGCACAGGCUUAUAUCUUUCUCCUGGUAUGAAGACAAACAUAGCAGUACCUCCAGAGAUUGUUGGGAAAAAUUGGCAGGUGCAGCUUGGUUGCCAAACGGAUAACAUUGGUGGAUCAGAUGUUCUGAAACGGGCUCCUGUGGUCCAUGAGCGAUUCCCUUUGGACACAGAGAUGGUCCAAGUCUGCAAUCUAUGGGGAGGGCUCAUCUACCUAAUAGCACCUCCUCAAAGCAAAGUGGAUGGGGUGGAAAUUGUCGUGCAUGUCUCAGUACAGGCUCCAUACUUCAAGUCUGGAGAGACCAGUGUAGCUGACUGGGUGGACAGGAUCCGUCAGGCACCUGCCCCCUGGGCGGAGCUUGAAUUUGAGAACAUCAUCAUAACUUUAGAAUCAGAAUAUAUAAGGAAUCUGGACUGCCCUGAUGAAGUGGCUAAACUUUGGGAUACCAUAAUGAGAAGCAUUGCUGACCUGGCAGCAAGGCCUGGCAAGUUCCCCCGUAAGGAGCGGUUUGUUGCAGAUGUUCAGAUCUCUUACGGUUUCAUGCAUGCUGGAUAUCCCAUCAUGAUGCACUCUACCUCUGCCCCAGAACUUGUAAAUGUCCAGGAAGCCUAUAAAAGUGGUUUGUGGGGACCCAUUCAUGAGCUGGGUCAUAACCAGCAGCGUGGAGUUUGGGAGUUCAGUCCACACACCACUGAGUGCACUUGCAACCUAUGGUCAGUGUACGUACAUGAGGAAGUGCUGGGUUUGAAUAGGUCUAAUGCUCAUCCAGAAAUGACUCUAGAAAACCGCCAGGCUCGUACCACGAAGUAUUGCAGUGGCGGUAAGGAUUUAAACAGCUGGAGUAUGUGGACGGCACUUGAGACUUACAUGCAGCUUCAGGAAAAAUUUGGCUGGGAUGCUUUCAAGAAAGUUUUUACUGCCUACCAAGAUAUGAAUGGAGUGCCAAACGACAAUGCAGGCAAGAUGAAUUUAUAUGCUGAGACCUUCUCCAAAGUGGUCAACCUGAAUCUUUGCCCCUUCUUCAAAGCGUGGGGUUGGCCCAUCCAGCCCAGCACAGAAGAGAAAAUCUCUCAUCUCCCUGAGUGGAGUGACCAUCCUAUGGUCCAGUAUGCAUAAGAACAUCUCAGAUAGCUGUUAAAAUGUUUUAAUGUUGCUAAUGAGUAAAAUUAUAUAUGCUUAUGUCAUUUGAAAUGAUUUUUGUUCUCAUUUUGCUUAAGUAGAUGAACAAUUGAUUCUUAGCAAUGUAAAGCAUAGAAUGUGGCUUAAAUUUUAAAUAUUCAGAUUAAGACUUAAGCGCUUGUUAUUGGUGGGUAUAGUCCAAGUGGACUAAGGUUAAGCACAACCAGAAAAUGCAUGUUUUUCUUAGACUCUGGGUGGUACAUAAUGUUGAUGUUCUUUGAAAAUACGGAAUUAAGACCUGUUGCUGAUGCUCAACAGAUUUAAUAAAUUCAGGGGUGACACUUUAUAAUAACUUUCAUUAAUAAAUUAUUA